AUGGGCUGUAUGGGUGACACAUCAUGGGGAUGGAUAAUCCUCGUAUUUGCUGUUGCCAUGAGAACGACCAUACACGGUAUGCUGACGUCAUACGGAGAGUUUCUUGCUACGUUCAGCAACGUGUUUCAGGAACCAAACAUGGCUUUCUUUGGGAUCAUCGGUUCCACGGCGUACGGUAUCAUCAGUAUAGGGACCCCCAUAGCUCUGGCGCUCACCCGAUGGAUAGGUGCCCGGCGAACAGUCUUCAUUGGUGUCUUCCUGUUGUCGCUAGGUGUCGCCCUUUCGGGGGUCGUGGAUCAACCCUUGGAGCUGUUCUUCACAUACGGGCUCCUGGGAGGAUGUGGAGCCCUGCUUACCAACAACCCGCCGUUCUUCCUGCUGUCUCAGUACUUUCACCGUGACCAUAAGUAUUAUAUUCUGACGUCCAGCCUCCCAAUGGUCUCAUUUUGUUUGGGUUCACUUAUAUUCAACCCCAUUAUUCAAGCUAUGAUAACAUCCAUCGGUUGGAAAUGUACUUUUGCCGUCUACGCCACGUUGAUUUUCACCGUCGGCUGCACUGCUGCUGCCACCUUUCGGGAAAACGAGGACCAAGACGAAAAUGACAAGACAAGCUUAAUCAAAGACGAACCAGAUUCAAUGAAACCUUCUAAAUGGCUAUUUGUUUUCAGCGCAAGUGUAUAUGUUAUAACCAUGUUUACCCGUUCAAUGGCCUUAUUUACUCCUGUCUUUAUUAUGGUAAGAAAAUAA